ACAAGUUAUCUUUGUUUGUUUCUUUAUCUCUCUCUCAUGUUGGAGGGGGUUGUGUUUCUUUUAUCUCCUCAUCUUCUCUCUUUCUCCUUUUUCUUCUACCUAUAUACUCUCCUUAGGGAGUGGUGAACAAAAGUGAAGGAGAAUUCUAUUCCUUCCCAAAGCUCAAGGUGGUGAAGAAGAAGUGAGGGUUUUAAUUUGAUAUCUAUGCUUUAGAAGGGACAACCCUUCUUUCUUCUUUUCCUUUUCCUUUCUUUUCUUUUCUUUUCUACCUUCUUUGUUUUGUUUGUUCCUCUCUUUCACUCUCUCUCUCUCUCUUCUCUCUUUCUCUCUCUCUCUCUCAAGGACAGAGAUUAGCUAGGUGUUUAUCCAUUCCUUUGGGGAGAGAGAAAGAGAGAGAGAGUUUGAGAGUUUUAGGGUUAUGAGAGAGAGAAGCAAAAGAGACCAUGACAUGGUGUGAUGGAUGCAACGAUGACUCUAAGAGUCCUACAACUUCUUCUACUUCUCUUGUUGGGAAGAGAUCUCUUGAAACCACUGUAAGGACAUGCCCUUCAUGUGGUCACAGGAUUCACUGUACUAAGGAGCAGGCAACUCCAAUUCAAGACUUGCCGGGGCUCCCGGCCGGAGUAAAGUUCGAUCCGACCGACCAGGAGCUUCUUGAACAUCUUGAAGGGAAGGCUAGGCUUGACUCUCAGAAGCUUCAUCCUCUCAUUGAUGAGUUCAUUCCUACCAUUGAAGGAGAAAAUGGCAUUUGUUAUACUCAUCCUGAGAAGCUCCCAGGUGUGAGCAGGGAUGGUCUAAUUCGACACUUCUUUCAUCGUCCUUCGAAGGCAUACACGACCGGAACUAGAAAGCGAAGAAAGGUACACACAGACGAGCAAGGAGGCGAGACUCGGUGGCAUAAAACAGGGAAGACAAGGCCGGUAUUCAUCGGUGGGAAGUUAAAAGGAUACAAGAAGAUACUAGUGCUCUAUACCAACUAUGGCAAGCAAAGGAAGCCAGAAAAGACUAAUUGGGUGAUGCACCAAUACCACUUAGGCUCUGAUGAAGAAGAGAAAGAUGGUGAACUAGUUGUAUCAAAGGUAUUCUAUCAGACACAACCAAGACAAUGUGGAUCAAUGGCCAAAGAUUCAAGCAAUCCACUGAAAUUAAAAGGCCUAAAUGAUCAGAAUGAGAAUACAAUCCUCAAAGAUGGCAAUGUGGUUGAUUACUAUCAUCAAUCUCUCAUGACAUACAACCAAGGAGUGCAUAAUAGAUCAGGAAACUCACCUCAUUUACUAGCAAACUUUUCGAUGCAUGCUGACGGAUCUCCGUUCCUCGGAUAAGAGGAUCCUUCAACAUGCAUGAGAUGAUCAGUGAGUGAAUUAAUAUGAAGAUCACUGCAAGAUAACUUUUGUUGUGUACACAAGAGAAUAAGAUGUCCAAGUUGGAAUUGGACCAAUUUAUGAUAUAUAUAUAUAUAUGUGUAUUGGGAUGUUUAGGAAGGAGAAUGGUAGUGUGAGUGAGGAAAUGAACAACACUCAAGAGGAAGGUUCUUUAGGUUUACAGAUAUAAACUGAAUGCUUUGUAAAUAAGGAUGCAACUAAACAACAGUUAUAGUGCUUGAGAGGAGCAUUAUUUGUGACUCUCUUGCAUGAUUUCAUAAGGUCAUUUUGGAUGCUUCCAUUGCAUGAAUAAUAUCUAGUUAGGAUGUGCAAAACUAA